UUGGAGAACGGGCUGGGAUAUGACGAGCGAAUCUGGAUUCAGGAACUCUGUGAUCCGGAUCCCAAUGACAAACGCAGGGGGGAGUUCCAGCUGGCGCCGCGGACGUCAACAAGAAGUCACAGCCGAAGAUAAUGGUGGAGGUGCGAGCUCAGGUGUUAGGUGGGCCUGUGCACUUGGCUGGUGAUACUGUGCAGGUCUGUAUCACUGUCACACUCCCCUCAUUAGAUCCUGCUCUUCGUGCUCAGUCCAGUGAUGUAUGUGAAGUUCUUGCAUGGGGCAGUGCACAGAUUCACUGUCAGUGCUCCGUAAAUGAAUAUCGUGUGCGUUUACCUACCUCCAACCCCAAACCAGCAGAGGAGAAAGCUGUUGCUAAUGCUGGUACAGGAUAUACAUCAUUUGCCCCGUGCCGCGGUGAGCGUGGCCACGUUGUUCUUUCAACUAAACCAAAGAUCCUUUUUUGUGACCUCCAGUUGUUACCUGGUGAAAGUCGCUCAUUUGUAUACAAAGAAACACUUCCUUGCGAUGCGCCUCCAACAUAUCGUGGUCAGUUGUUAAAGUACGCUUACAAGAUAACCAUUGGCACUCAGAGGCUUGGGGCACCUACUAAACUACUGCGUGUUCCCAUCAGAGUCAUUGUAUUGCGAGGACUGAGUGAAGCUUGUGUUUAUAGUGAAAGUGGAGAGCUAGCACCAUCGAAUCCAUUCUUGCAUACCCCUCAUCGAGACACACCAAGACACACUGCCCUACAGAUUAUACAGAGUGUUUCAACUCGCAAGAACCUGAGCCAAUAUAACAUAACCAACACUCGAGGGAAAGUGGUGCGGUUCUGUAUUUACAAGACCAGUUUCAGACUUGGAGAGGAUAUUGUCGCUACUUUUGAUUUCAGCACUGCAGAAGUUACAUGUGUACAGUACUCUGUAACGUUGCAAAGUGAGGAAAUUAUUGCCGAAUCCUGCCGUCAACGGCCAUCUCAGAAACCAAUGCUUGUUUCAUACAGCAAGGCACAUGAAGUUUGUCUCAAUUUAUCACAUACCCAUCUUUUGCUACCAAUUCCCCUUCAUGUUACACCAACAUUUAAUACAGAGUUAGUAAGUCUACAGUGGCAGCUACAUUUUGAAUUUGUGACAAGUACAAGUGAGGUCAAAGGCCCGUCUCUUCCUCCCAAUAAAAAUGAAGAAAUAGAGUGGCGAGCGCCAAGCACUAUUGAUAUCGAGACCAUGGUCUGGGACCUGCCAAUCACAAUCCUACCAACAACCCCAAGUCAGGUUGCUCAGGCAGUGUGCAUGCCGGCUCAACACACACUUCUGCUGUGAAUCGUGAUGUAUUAUCAAGCAUGAGGGUUUGUGGCUGAUGCUUCCCGGUACACAAAAGCGGGAAAUGCGGUACUGGUGAUGAUGGGUGGUUCUGUGGUCACCGAGUUGUCACCUCAUCACAUAAGAUAAAUGUAAAGAGGACAACUUGUGGAAAUGCAGUUGCAGUGCUGGAUGUGAGCCAGAUCCUACCCUGGGGUAAUUUUUGGGUGCAAAAUUUGUGUCAAAUUAAAAUUGUGCUUCCAUUACUCAUUUAUCUGGGAACCCCCAUAAUGAAAAUUAGUGAAGAAAAAUAUUGGUAGCUUUGCAAAUAUGUAAGAGUUCAUAGGAGGACCAUUUAGGCUAAGAAAGGCUGUUAUUUAAGUGGGUGAUGCUGGUGAAUAGUGCAGACCUAAGCAUUUUUUUUAUGAGAUAGUUAUCAGUUUUCUUUUUUCAGUAACCAGUUAGGUGCAAGGAAAAUAUUAAUGUAUGAAUGGCAGUAUGCAUAUGUGGAGUUUUAUAGUAUUUCCACAACAGACUGAAAAAGUUAUUAAAAAAUAGAGCAUUCAAAUUGGGAAUGAUUGUAUUGAGAAAAGGUAGAGUUAAAAGAAUGAGGAUAUUGUAGUUAUUAAAUUAUGCAGGUUCAAUUAUAAUAAUUUGUUUUGUCAGAGACAGGAAGACUAUAUUUAUAUAUUUUCAAGUUGUAUCGAGGCGGUCCCCCCCUUUCCCCCCUCCUAAGGUUGAACUGCAGCACUGACCAUUUCUAGGAUGCCUAACUCCAAGCAAACCUAUUUACUACUAGGUGAAAGACGUGCCCAACCAUUUCUGUCCUGCCUGGGAAUCAAACCCAGGAUCUCCAAUUGUGGGGUAAAGAAUGAAGCCAAUUGUACUACAAGACCUUUUGAAAUUGAGGUAUCCUGAGCCACAGGAAGUGGCAGCAACACUAGGCUCAUAAAUCACAGGUUACGAUGAAAAGAUAGUAUUUUUUGUACUUUCAUUGAGCAUGUGAAAUAGUACGUGUACUUCAUAAUUUAUUAAAAAAAACUUUUUUCUUAAUUUGUUUUUAUAAAUGCUAAAAUUGUACAUGCACAUUUGUUGUGUGUGUGUGCCUGUUUUUGUCCCAGCUACAAAAAAUUCAAACUUUUUAUGUCAAAAUGCAAUAAAUUGUUCUGGAAGUAAAGUUAAACAUUCUGGGGGAAAUUACCUAAAAGGAGAGAGAAACAACAUAAUUAAGUAUAUUUAUAUAAAAUUACAUAAAAUUAUUGUCUGGUAUUCCUAGUAAUUUUGUUAAAUAUUUAUAAUGUCAACGUCUGGAUUACUUGCAUCCAAUACAUGCACUAAUUUAGAGUUUUGUACUCGGAUACUUUUGAUAUCGUUCGCCUUAUGCGUUUUUGUUCUCGUAUUGGCAUCCUUGGUGAUAUUUAGCGCCCUCUGAUUAUUCUGCACAUUUGAUGGUGCUACAUAGCCUUCCCGGUUUGGUGCUUUCUUUUGAUAAUUACUUACUUAGAGUUUUGUAACUUGUGUUCACCUAACAACCUCUCUAGUUUAUAUCAGGAUCCAGUAGGAUGGUAAUGGUCUGUUCCUGUAAGUACAAAGGUUUCAUGGAUUUUAUCAUGCUUAUUGGCUAAGCAAAAUACAUUCAGUGCUCUAAUCAUCAUGAGGUGAUUGCACUGACACCCCAAAGCAUGCACUAUACAUAAGGUAACAUCAUACAUACAUUUACCAAGAAUAUGAUCAAGGUAUAUGGCAGACUUGACUCUUCCUUCUGCAGACUUGUAUAUUUGUUACUUCAUCUACUUGAAUGAUAAAGUUCUGUUUUGUGGAAUUUGGACCCUCAUCAAUAAAAUUAUGGGUUAUUCAGAUUGAACAGCAAUUUCCUUCAUGAGAACUUAUGUUACACAAGUUACUUUUUGUUAACGUUGGAAAUUGGAGCAAUUGGAUGUGUUUGACGUCAUAAGGGUGAGCAUCACAGGUGUGGAGGGAUGCAUCUGAAAAUAUCCAUUUCUAAUUUGAUUUUUGGGGGGGAUUGGCCUCCAGCGUAAUAGUAAAUACAGGAACAUUGUGCAUUCCUGUAUAAGUAUGGUGUUUUGUCAGUUGUGUGUGACUGAGAUGUGUUUUGCAAUUGGUUAAUUAUUUAUAAACUUCAUACAUUUAUAAAUAAUAUAUUUAUAUACAUAUUAACAUCGAAUAAAUUAUAUUGUUCUA